AUGAUUAGCUCAUGGUCGAGAAAAUCUCUGUACGAACUAUUGUGCCGGAAAAAAACGUUCUUAAACGUAGAAGAACCAGGAAAAGAAAAGUUAGAACGAGUGUUAAACGUUUUCGACUUAACCACCUUGGGCAUCGGUGCCACGUUGGGAUGUGGCGUGUACGUGUUGGCUGGAACUGUGGCCAAAUCGGUUGCGGGCCCAGCGGUGGUGCUGUCUUUUAUCGUGGCUGCAAUCGUGUCUUCAUUUUCAGGAGUUUGCUACGCUGAAUUUGCCGGGCGUGUACCUAAAGCUGGAUCUGCAUAUAUUUAUAGUUAUGUAGCUGUAGGAGAAUUAGUUGCAUUUAUAAUUGGCUGGACCCUGUAUAUUGAGCACUCAAUUGGCACCGCUUCUGUUUCCAAAGCUAUGACUAAUUAUUUAGAUUCUUUACUUGGAAAUCCUCAAAAAAAUUAUAUGAAAAAAUACUUUCCAUUGAACCAGAAGUUUUUGGGUGAAUAUCCAGAUGUUGCGUCGUUUUUGUUCAUCAUGUCUAUAGCAAUGGUUGUAGCUUGGGGUGUUCGAAAAUCGUCAAUUAUCAAUAGCGUGUUCACUGCGUUUAACUUGAUGACAAUAUUCACUGUCGUCAUAAGUGGAUGUUUUUUCGGUAAACUGUCUAAUUGGUCAAUUCCAAAAAGCGAUAUUCCUAUUGGAGUUGACGGAGGUGAUGGCGGAUUUUUACCAUUCGGCUGGACCGGAUUAAUCGCAGGAGCUGCUAGAUGUUUUUACGGAUUUAUCGGAUUUGAUUCUAUAGCCACAACCGGCGAAGAGACCAAAAAUCCAAAAAAAACCAUCCCGUUAGCAAUUAUUUUGUCGUUGUUCUUCGUCACAUUGGCAUAUUCUAGCGUCGCGACAGUAUUGACGUUAAUGUGGCCAUACUUUGACCAAGACUCGAAUGCACCGUUGCCGGUCAUAUACGACAACUUGGGAAUGCCAAUUAUCAAAUACAUCGUUACCAUCGGCGCAGUGUUUGCUCUUUUCACCACUCUUUUAGGAUGUUUGUUCCCUAUACCACGAAUUUUGUACGCCAUGUCCAGCGAUGGUCUACUGUUUGAGUUCUUGUCGUCGGUCAACGAACGCACCAAAACACCUUUUUUAGCCACAAUGAUUUCCGGAUUCGGCGCAGGCUUAUUGUCAUCCUUGUUCAACCUCGAACAACUAGUUGAAAUGACAUCCAUCGGCACAUUGAUGUCGUAUCUGAUGGUCAGCAUCUGCGUGCUGGUUCUCAGAUACAGGAACAACAACACAUUUGUCGAACAUUCGAAUGACUUCAAAGACCUUAUAGUUUACCGAUGGUUCAAUCUGUCGGACACGAAAAUACCGAAUCCCGACACGCAAUACAUGUCCAGAGUGCUGAUAUUAGUUUACACUAUUUUCGCAGUAGUGUUUUGCGUUUGCAUGACUAACGUCAAAUGUUUCGAAUCCGCCUUUCAGCUUCCCUUGACCAUCAUAGCCGGUUUUGCAGUCGCAGGCUUACUGAUUUCCAUGUUAAUGCUACACAGACUUCCACAAGCAAUCGAAACAUUAUCGUUCAAGGUACAUUGCGUUCCUUUAGUACCAUGUUUGAGUAUAAUCUUAAACUUGUAUCUGAUGAUGGAGCUUAAUGGCAGUACGUGGAUAAGAUUAGGCGUUGGACUUAUAGUCGGUUUAUUAAUAUACGUGUUUUACGGAGCAUGGCACAGUUUGGAAGGAAUAAAACAAAAUACAGCCAAAGACACAGAAUGCAAAAACCUGCCAAAAAUAUAUUCUUAAAAGUUAUGCAUUAUUUGGUAUAUUUAUUUAUAAUUAACUCUCAAUAACUUGAAGUAAUUUAAAAUUAAAACUAGAAUUGAUGACAUAACUGAUUAUUCAAUUUAUGACUGUAAUUUAUACGGAUAAAUAAGUGUUACAUUUAAGUACGAGUAUGUGUUACCUAAUUUAUCCAAA